AGUGACACAAAUGAUGGGGCACUAUUCCUUCCACUGACACCAAUGAUACUUUACCUUGCUGGUAUCAGUGGGAGGAAUAGUGCCCCAUCAUUGGUAUCAGUGGGAGGAAUAGUGCCCCAUCAUUGUGCAUUAGUGGAAGGAAUAGUGCCCCAUCGUUGGUGUCAGUGGGGGAGGAAUUUAGUGCCCCAUCUGACACAAAUGAUGGGGCACUAUUCCUUCCACUGACACCAAUGAU